CUGGCGUAUCGACGAUAAAUCGCAAAUGCUGAAUAGCCCAGUAGUUGGUACGUAAAAUACCUGCAUUUACUUCACUCCACAAAAAUAUAUAUUCCGAAGUAUAUUUUCCACUUUUCCGUAUUUUCCACGAUUUUUAUGACGCAUAUUAGCACCAUUAUUACAAUGCAUUUUCCUAACUGGCGUUCCUUACGACACGUAGUACUCAUUCUCAUCAUAAGCACUUCGGCUUAUGCUCUCUACGAUGCUGAUGUAGAUAUCGGAGUAUACGUUCUCAAUGACGAAAACUUUAAUUCUACUGUGUAUCAGUAUACGGGAAGUCAUUUAAUGCGAAAGGACAGGACCACCGGAAACGUAACAUGGAUCGUCCAGUUUUACAACUCCUGGUGCGGACACUGCAUCAAGUUUGCUCCGACGUACAAAGCUUUAGCCAAGAAGCUUCAGCAUUGGAAAGAUGUGGUGCGACUUGGGACAGUGGACUGCUCGUACAAUUUCAAUCGACCACUGUGCAGCCGCUUCCAGAUUACUGCCACUCCAGCCAUUCGCACAUUCGCACCGUAUUCCGAUUCAUCUUCACUUGGCGAUUUGCUGGAAGCAGAGAGGACAGUUACCGGAAUAAUGCACCAGAUUCUGGAUUUAAUGGAAUUUCAGUCUCAAAGAGAAGAAUUAGCCUCCUUGCCCGAUAAACCCAUCCACGAAAUCUGGCUUAACCUACCGGCAAGCGUCGAUGCGCUUGCAGUUAUUGUAGAGCCUCUGGGAUCGUAUGUAGGGAAAGAAAGCAUAAUGCAUUUGCAUCCCAAUCUGCAAGCCAUAACCGCCAGACGAGCGAUGAGCACUAAUCAGAAGCUGCUAAACAGCCUAAAAGCUAUGAAUCAUCAACCACCGUUUGUGGUUUUUCUGCAACGAAACCUUAUCAAUCAGCAAGGCAUAAUAGAUUUGAAUACUCUCCGCGAAUCCGAUCCAGUACAGGCUUUCUGCGAAGCCAUUUUGCGUGCCGACACCGAGUUGACGAACCGCAACAAAAUCCCCAGACGGCUUCCUCUUGGUCCGGUGUACGGACAAACAGAAAUCGAGGACUCGCGGCCCACAAUCCUGGCUUCAGCCUCGCAGAAUCCGCCGCCCAGCCGCGCGGACAUGACCGAUGUCAACGCGGCGCUGAUCUACGCCAUCAGUCACGAAGUCGCCAGUCGCGAGGUGGUAACCGGCCGCCCACUUGAUGCCCUACGCGUGUUCGUCCGUGCCGUGAUCAAAUACCUUCCGGUGCGAGCGGAUAUUCUGAUGGCAUUCCGACAAUUAGACACUGCCUUACUACGCCAGUCAUCCAUUCUGGGCGAGGAAAUACUGCAGGUCUUACGCGAGAGCGGCCUUAAUUUUGAUCAAGAAAAGAUUCGUUGGGGACACUGCAAGGGCAGUGUGGCGCACCUACGCGGAUAUCCGUGCGGAUUGUGGACCACCUUCCACAUGCUGACGGUGCGCGCGUACGAAACCGACCCGCCCACGCAAAAUGCCAUUGGUAACGAUGGAGCACUGAGCGCAGCCAUGAGUUACAUCGAGCAUUUGUUUUCGUGUGAGGAAUGCUCGCGACAUUUUGUCAAGUACGCCGAGAGUAUUCGGCGUUACAACGUGGCGCAUUUGUCCAACGCCGAUGCCGCAUUGUUUUUGUGGCGAGCGCAUAACAGCGCCAAUCGGCGCUUGGCCGGAGAUUUGUCGGAAGACCCCGCUCAUCCCAAAGUGCAGUGGCCCGGUUCGAUUCAGUGUCCACGGUGUCGAGCGACCAGCCAGCCGGUGGCAUCGGAUGUGUGGAAUGAACAAGAAGUGCUCAAGUUUCUGCAGCGUUAUUAUGGGCGGACGCCCGUUGGAAUUGUCGCAUAGUUAUGCAUUGCGGCUAGCAUUUAAAUUAUUUUUUGCGUUGUCGUUCCUUUACAAUUGUAAUACGCUAUUGUGUACAGCAGUGUCAGGAAGUUAGAAAAAGUGUGCUACAGAGAAUGUGGCCACGCAGUUCGAUUUCGAAAAAUUAAACAGCCACAGAUCACAGUA